AUGUCCAACAGCAGCUCCAUCACCCAGUUCCUCCUCCUGCCGUUCGCAGACACACGGGAGCUGCAGCUCUUGCACUUCUGGCUCUUCCUGGGCAUCUACCUGGCUGCCCUCCUGGGCAACGGCCUCAUCAUCACCACCAUAGCCUGGGACCAGCACCUCCACACCCCCAUGUACUUCUUCCUGCUCAACCUCGCCCUCCUCGACCUGGGCUCCAUCUCCACCAUUGUCCUCAAGUCCAUGGCAAAUUCCCUCUGGGACACCAGAGCCAUUUCCUAUUCAGGUUGUGCUGCGCAGGUAUUUCUGUCUUUGUUUCUCAUUUCAGCAGAGUUUUACCUUCUCACCAUCAUGUCGUACGACCGCUACGUUGCCAUCUGCAAACCCCUGCACCACGGGACCCUCCUGGGCAGCAGAGCUUGUGUCCACAUGGCAGCAGCUGCCUGGGCCACUGGGUUUCUCAAUUCUCUGCUGCAAACAGCCAAUACAUUUUCACUGCCCCUGUGCAAGGGCAAUGCCCUGGGCCAGUUCUUCUGUGAAAUCCCCCAGAUCCUCAAGCUCUCCUGCUCACACUCCUACCUCAGGGAACUUGGGCUUCUUCUGGUCAGUGCCUGUGUAGCUUUUAUGUGUUUUGUGUUCAUUGUGGUGUCCUAUGUGCAGAUCUUCAGGGCUGUGCUGAGGAUCCCCUCUGAGCAGGGACGGCACAAAGCCUUUUCCACCUGCCUCCCUCACCUGGCCGUGGUCUCCCUGUUCCUCAGCACUGCCGUGUUUGCCUACUUGAAGCCCCCUUCCAUCUCCUCCCCAUCCCUGGAUCUGGUGGUGUCUGUUCUGUACUCAGUGGUGCCUCCAGCAGUGAACCCCCUCAUCUACAGCAUGAGGAACCAGCAGCUCAAGGAUGCACUGAAGAAGCUGCUUCAAUCCGUCUUUCAGCAGCAAUAAGCUGACCACGUCUCUUCACAAGUGAUUUCCAGUCUAUCUGAGGAACCUCCUGUGCCUUGGGAAUUUUGCCUGUGGUAAUUCCAUUGCUCUGGUAAGAUCUGCAUGCACUCCACUUCUCCAGAGCUAUGAAUCCAGUCUGUCUGACACAAGGGUCUUUGCACACAUGUUUGGUGUGAUGGUACAGCUAGUCUCUCAUGUCACAGCUCUGUAAUAAAAAGGAUUCCCUCAAUGCAGUGUCUGCAGUUGGGCUCUUCUUGCAAAGCUGAGGUCAGGAACGGGCUGAAGAGAUUGUCCCUGUGAGGCCGUGCUGCAGUGCUGAUGUUCUC